UUUAUCGGUCAUUUUCACGUACACGUUGCUUCCCGGGAAAUUUUGUACAAAUAUCCACCAAUUUUCGUGAAUCUGAAGUAAAAUAAUCGUCCGGCCUGUACGACCGUUCCUAACCGCGAUUGGAAAUCGUCCUGGGACCGUAACCGCGCGAUUAACGCGAAAGCUUGCGUUACAACGGGAGGCGCCAUUCUUUUACCGAGAACGUGGUGAAUUUGUAACGUCGUCUUGGCCGUGAGCGCGGGACACAUCGGCCGACCGGCUUUCCGAAUUAACGUCGAAAGUACGACGAAGUAACGUCCCGGUGCGUCUGUUUGUUUCACAAUCGAGGAAACGUAUCGUUCCCGAAUCACUUUGAAGAUUCCAGUACAUCGCUCCGAUCUUUACGUGAAUCAUUGAUAUUAAAAUGGCUCAAGAAGCUGAUAUACCUACUUUCAAAUGCGUGUUGGUUGGCGACGGUGGUACCGGUAAAACCACGUUCGUCAAACGGCAUUUAACUGGUGAAUUCGAAAAGAAGUAUGUCGCGACGUUGGGUGUCGAGGUGCAUCCACUGAUCUUUCACACAAAUCGAGGUCCAAUCCGGUUCAACGUUUGGGACACUGCCGGUCAAGAGAAGUUUGGCGGUCUCAGAGAUGGAUAUUAUAUCCAGGGGCAAUGCGCGAUCAUUAUGUUCGACGUUACGUCGAGGGUGACAUACAAAAAUGUCCCCAACUGGCACAGAGAUUUGGUUCGAGUUUGCGAGAAUAUACCCAUCGUACUCUGCGGCAACAAAGUUGACAUUAAAGACAGAAAAGUAAAAGCCAAGAGUAUCGUCUUUCACAGAAAAAAGAAUCUGCAGUACUACGACAUCAGUGCAAAGAGCAAUUACAAUUUUGAGAAACCUUUCCUGUGGCUGGCACGCAAACUGAUCGGAGAUCCGAAUUUGGAAUUCGUCGCGAUGCCGGCUCUCCUCCCGCCAGAGGUUACGAUGGACCCACAGUGGCAGCAACAAAUCGAGAAGGAUCUCAAAGAAGCCCAAGAGACAGCGCUACCAGAGGACGACGAAGACCUUUAGUUUGUUACGCCGCGUGUAUGAUACGAAUAGAGGCAAACUGUAUACAAGCAUAUUUAAGUACGUACGCGUACUUGUGCCUCUCCAUGAGUCGAAGAUUCUUUCUUGGAUGGAAUUAAUACAAUGUACUUCUGUUUUAUAUUUAACUUAAAUAAUAGCAGAACUUUGUCCUAGUAACGAGAUUACCGAGAGCUGGACGUCGUAUUCGCGUAAGGAGAUGUUUGACUCGGGUAGAUUGCGUUCGAUUGAAUCGAUGCUUAAGCUCGAUGAACAACUGAUCCUUCUCCUUCGUUUGUGUAUUAUGAAUGGGGUAUGCGUGAAUAUACGUAUGUUGAAUGCGACGAUGUAUUUCGUGUAAUGAAUGUAAGACUUGUCGAGUCAAAUUGUCGCCUCCCACCUUUGAAGCACAGGCCUUGAAAGCAGUCAGAGUUUGAUCGCUGAUUUUAUAUAAACGUCUUAUAUCGAUACAUUGGACGUAAAUUGUCGGUAUUCGAAUGAGCGCUGGCGUUAUAUUUCCUAAUAAACGAAAAGUUAAUUCUUUAGGAAAGAAUCUUUCGAUGCGGUCGAAACGUUAACGUUAGAAUUCACUUGAACACGCGUACACGCGCACGUGCAUACGGAUACACCAAAUUGAAAAUACAUCGCGAAAUAGUUUAAUCCCCUUACCUUUGCUGCUACUUUUACAUAGGCACAAAUGCGCGACGAUAAGCGAAAACGAAAAGAAAUUAUAAGAAAAAUCGAUCGGAUGCGUAAUACCGAGUCGGAUGAACCAAUGCAGCAGCGAUUGUUUUUUCGUGAUCGAUACACUACUCCCAGAACACGGUGUUAUAUUUUGAAAUAAUGUUUCGAUUGGAGCGAAGCACGGUUUGUAGUCGGUUGCGCCUGUCCAUGAUGAGGACUGUUUACUAUUUUUAUAAGCGAAGGUGAAUGUAUGAUUUGUUCAACUUAAAUUAUAUAAACAGUGUUUUUUUCUUUUCUAUACAGAAAUACUCGUUUCGUUGGGUGUCAGACAACGCACGUUGCAUGUGUAACGUUCCUUUCCCUCGAUCCCUUCGUUUUAUUGGUGAACAAACAUAGGAGAGCGCAGAAAUAAAUGUGUGCGCUCGAAGCAGCCUGUGGUUGCGGGAUACUUGCAGGAACAAGGAGCGCGGAACAUCUUGUAUCGGUGUUUCAUUUGUUCUGUUCGAAACAGCUUGUAUCAUUGAUGUAUUGGACUUAAUAAAUCGUCAUUGAACUGUU